UUACUUGGCCUGGGCCGGCAGGCGUGUUCCACUCGUCGACGAAGAGUAGUCAUGACUAGUGUAGUCUACAACUGAGAACACUGUAUUUUUAAUAAAAGUAAGCGAAGGGCUUGCUCGAUGACCAGAAAUACCUAGUCCUAGUGCCAGUAGUGGUACAGUUGCAAAGGAGUAAGACUUGUCUUCGUAUUCGUUUUGGCAAUUGCCGGCAAAGUGCUCGAUCCACAAAGUGCAGAGCCUACAGUUGUACUGCAGUUGUCGACCCAUGAAACGCUGCUAAACAGAAGAUUAUUUUUGUUUUCAAAAAGUACUUAGAGGGAAUAGGGCAAGCCGCGGAUAUGGAGCCACUUGGGACCCGACGAACUGCUUCCGUCAUGCACUCAGUGCGCUUGUUGUUGCUGCUAGUUGCUGUCAAGUGCUGCUGUGUGGUAAAGGCUCAAACAUCAGCGCCAGGGAUCGGAAGGUGUAUCAGCUAUCCAACGCAAUGCUGUGGCAUUGCACAGUGUCUAGAUUCACAGUCCCCAACUUUGGCAGCCACGGUCCAGGCGUACAGCGCUAAUUGUGGCGAUCCGUUAAGCUGCAGUCCGCUCUACUACACUAUGUGCAGUCUUAACUCUAGCUCUUCUGAAUGCGUGGCGUCCGGGGUCUUCACCCUGCCUCCAACAUUGCAGCCAGGUACCACUGUCUCGGGUCAGACUCAAGUGCCUACAACUUCUCCACCGUUACAGAUACCAAGAUGUAUUACCUAUCCGAAGCAGUGCUGUGGCGCUCCGGUGUGCCUGGACACGCAGGCCCCGACGUUCCUCCAGACCGUGCAAGCAUACCAGACAGCCUGCGGCGGUGACCCAUCGACUUGCGAUCCCCUGUACUUCACCAUGUGCAGCCUUAACGCCAUGACCUCCACCUGCGUGGGAUCCGGUGUUUACUCGCUGGCCCCAGGUGUGACAUUUCCUGGUGCACAGACACCUGUGUCCGGCCACACUCUGGCCACUCCAAGUCCGCAACCCAUGCCAAGGUGUAUAUCACUCCCCAGUGAGUGCUGCGGAGAGCCUCGAUGUCUGGACUCCAACUCCACCACCUACUCUUCGACUGUGGUCAGCUACGCUUUUCGCUGCGGCGACCCGACUGCAUGCAACCCCGUACGCCUGGCGGUGUGCUCGCUAGAUGCAGGCGGAUGUAAGCAGACCGGGACCUUUUCCGUGGCUCCUGGUGCAACAGGUCCAUUUGGCGCUGUCACCACCGCAAGCGCGGGACGACAUGACAUAUCAAGCACUUUGCUAUGGGCAUCAUUAGCCACAGCUUGUGCUUUCAGCAUUUUUUCUCGAAUGUAAGCCGAAAAAGUCAGCUCCGAUGACAAUGGGUUUCAUUCUCUAGAAUUUUCUUAGCUUUUUUUGUUGAAGACUUAGUUUCUGCCCUUAGAGGAGGAUUUUACAGCAGUGAAAAUUAUUUUAUAGUAAGCCCUGAAUGUUGAAGCCAGAAUGUUGAAGCCAGAUGGCCUUUGAGUAAAAAAAUAUAUACUCAGAUUGGUCGUUCCUUUUCAACAAGGCUCUGGGUAUUUUUUUAUGUUCUUCUGCUUUGCAUAGUGUACACAUAUGCAUUUAGUUCUUUACCCAAUCAUUCGCAUUAUUAUGAACGUACCGAUUCGCAAGGCUUGAGCCAGGAAAAGAA